GAGAUCUCAACAACUCCACUAGAAUCUGGCGACCGCCGUGCUAAUCGGGAUGGUGACGCCCUCCAUUCAACCCUUGGCCGAUUCGUCUGGGUAUAAAGACGCACCCGCACCCCAGAUCCAUGUACGCCGAAGCCAACCCACACCCACGUGAGCAGAGGAUAUUUCCGCCGCCAGGAGAGAAGGUGAUGGCCAUCACCUUGGUGCUUCACCUGCGACGCCACAUGGUGCUGACCCACGCCCCCACCAUUGCAUAGCCUAGUAGUGUGGUUCUGGAGAAUCUUCAGUGUGCACGGAUCCUGUGUUCAGUCAGAUGAGCCCCAUAGCCAAGAUCACCGUCGUUGUGGAGCGUGGGACGCGAUGAUGGGUUACUGCGGCAUCGGGCUUAUUGGGUGGUCCUGGAAAGUCACCAUACCACUCCGCACCUCUUCAUGGCCUCCCCGUGCGAAGCUAUCGACCAAAGCGCCACCAGUUUCACGCCGGAGUUGGUGCUCCACCGUGAUGCCUCCUUGCUCCGCGGACUGGCUACUCCACAACACAUUCGCAGUCCCAGGUUCCUGGAAUCACAGUCCCGAGGUGAGAGGUUGUGUCAAAUUUUUCCUUGUAGCCCGCAGAACCUUGGUGUUUCAGGGAGAGUAUAUACUACUAUGCAGAGGGGCUCGUCGUCGCAGUUGGACUACGUCCUGGUGCCGCUGGGGCUGGCUGUGAUGGUGGGCUACCACGUGUGGCUGCUCCUCCGCAUCCGCAGCCGGCCGGAGACUACCGUGAUCGGCAUCAACGCCGUGAACCGCCGCAUCUGGGUGCGCCACAUCAUGGAGGACCCGUCCGGCAAGCACGCAGUGCUGGCGGUGCAGACGCUGCGCAACACCAUCAUGGCGUCCACCGUGCUGGCCUCCGUGGCCAUCACGCUCAGCUCGCUCGUCGCCGCGCUCAUGGCCAGCGGCGCCGCCGCCCACGGGGGCCUCCUCCUCUCCGCCCCCGGCGGCGGCAGCGAGGCCGCGCUGGCCGCCAAGUUCCUCGCGGUGCUCGUGUGCUUCCUGGUGGCGUUCCUCCUCAACGUGCAGUCCAUCCGGUACUACAGCCACACGGGGCUGCUCGUCAACGUGCCGCUCGCCGCGCACCGCCGCCCCGCGCGCGCCGUCGGCUACGUCACCGCAGCGCUCAACCGGGGCUUCUACUUCUGGUCGCUCGGCGUCCGCGCAUACUACUUCUCCUGCCCCGUCUUCCUCUGGCUCUUCGGGCCCGUCCCCAUGUGCGCCUCCUGCGUCGCCAUGGUCGCCGCGCUCUACUUCCUCGACGUCAACAAGGAGUGGGAGGACAAGGACGACGACGGCAGCGAGGAUGAAGCGGACGGCGAUGGAAGAAGCACGGCCACCGUGUGCGGCGGCGUCUGAAUUCAAGCCGUGUCAGUGUGUCACGCGAGGGCAUAUGAAUCCCGCCAAUUAGAAAAAAAAAAUCUCGCAAAGAAGGAAGACUUAACAAGCAACCGGAUCCAAUGAUCGUUGAAUCCAGCUUACAAAUCACUCUACCGUACUGCACUAGUAUACGUAGAAAUUAAUAAAUUUGUCUCCUUGGUGUUAAUUUGGAUCCAGGACUUUCUUGAGCCUCGUGCCACUAUAGUAUCCGAUGUCGCUGAUGUGAAGUCAACUUCAGUGUCGUGUCGUGUUGUUUUACGUUUUUGUUUGUGUCUCAAUAACAGGUAUCAACCAUCAGGGUCUGAUGGAAGUAUGAGUUCAUAUCAAAACUCAUAAGGUUUCUUUUGGUGUAGCUCUAGCCCUGCUCUGACCGGUGAAAUCCAUUUCUUGGUUGAAUAAAGCACACUUGAAAAUCA